CUCCCCCCUUUUAUCUCACUCGCGUACAAAAUUAUUCUCACUUCCUCACCUUCCGCUUGUACUUCUGUCUGCUUAGCCAAAGAUGCAUACAAGAAACGAAUAAGGGAUAGUGGUGGAAAUGACAGUUCAUUCUUUCUCUGAGGUCACCUCCCCGGGCUUCUCAUAGUACAUCAAUCAGUCCCAGUUUUCCAAAUCCUUGGGGCUAGAGAAUCAUGGCACGACAGGCGGAAGAGGGGUGGCCUUUGGGCUUGAGACCACUGAAUGCGAGAGUUGGGUUUGUGAGAAAUCGUGAUUUGUCUGGAUCAGUCUCCUUCAGCACUCUACUCACCGGUUCUCCCACCUCCACCACCAUUUCUUCUUCAGAUCUUGAAACUGAGUCCACUGGGUCAUUAUUCCACGACAAGAGCAUCACGCUCGGCAGCCUCAUUGGAGUUUCUAGCAUUUUAGAGCUGUCACGAAGAUCGACAAGGGGAAGAACAGCAGAAGCCUCAAGAGACAGAAGGAACUACAAGCACAAACCUUGGCUGUUCUCGCUAUGCUCAAAACUAACGACUGAUGCUGUGAACGGGAGCAACGCCCCAUCUCUUCGCCACUUUCUUGAAGCAGAGAGGAGAACCGCGAGCGUGUACAGAAGGAACCAGAGCCCCACCAUUUAUGGACCGACUGAUUUCUCACCCACCCUGCCCACUUCGGACACAAACUCGCUUUUUGUUGGUGGCCGAGUUGGUCCUCAGUCAAGUGCUCCAUUGGACGACAGUGGUGGAAGAAAAUCCAACAACCAAUUAUUAGAUGGCAAUGGGUAUGGGGCUCCAUUGCUAUUCUCAUGCUUGCGUGGAUACCUCAUGAAAUGAUGAUUUCCAUAAUCACCAGUAAUGCUAUGUAGUAGACUCUUAUAUGAAUAUCGUACAUUUUUUAAUAAUGCGACAACAGUGAAACUCAGUUUUUAGAUCAGUAGUUGUAAAAAAACAAAAAUUAAUUACUGAUUUUCACUGUCAAGUCAUCUUAAUUGUAUUGCAGUCGUAUAACAAUCUAUUAAAUAGUAUUAUUUUUCUUUUAUUCCG